CAGUGUUGAGGACUUUUAUUUUGAAAAGUGCACGCUGACUAGUACGUGAUGCUGUAGUCCGUCAGAAACCACUGUCACCCAGUCCACACAGCUUUUUAUUUCUUUAACCUUUAUUUAACUGGGCAAGUGGAUACCAUUUGGAGGGAGUCGACCGAACCAUGACAUCCCAGGUGCGACAGAACUUCCACCAGGAAUGUGAGGCUGCCAUCAACAGGCAGAUCAACCUGGAACUGUAUGCUUCUUAUGUAUACCUGUCUAUGGGCUACUACUUUGACAGAGACGACAAAUCCCUGCCCAAUUUUUCCAAGUUCUUCCUGACUCAGUCCAAGGAGGAGAAGGAGCAUGCUGAGAAACUGAUGAGUCAACAGAACCAGAGAGGAGGACGCAUCUUUCUCCAGGACAUCAGGAAACCUGACAGAGAUGAGUGGGGCAGUGGGUUGGAGGCCUUGGAGUGUGCCCUACAGCUGGAGAAGAGUGUCAACCAGUCUCUACUGGACCUGCACAAAGUAGCCGUAGAGCACAAUGACCCGCACAUGUGUGACUUCAUAGAGACCCACUAUCUGGAUGAGCAGGUCAAGUCUAUCAAGGAGCUGAGUGACUGGGUCACCAACCUGCGUCGCAUGGGUGCCCCUCAGAACGGCAUGGCAGAGUACCUCUUCGACAAACACACCCUGGGGAAGGAGUAGCAGCUGAACAUCCCGUCUUUUACUAGGGUCGUGUUCAUUAGGGCACACUGUAGCAAAAUACGUUGAAACAGGAAACGGCCAUUUCUUAUUGGAUAAAUUCAGAUUGUAGUACCUCACAGUUUCAGCCUGUUUUGUGACGAAUGAACCCCGCCUGCUGGUCAAUUUUUCAUGUUUGGUCUGUCCUUACGACUGGUAAUCUUCUAGUAUCAUAGAUAUGCUGGCUUUAAAGACCAAAAUGACCAGAAGCCAUUGCUCUAUUUACAUGACUGCUCUAUAUCGUGAUUUACUUUUUCUAUGAUCUCCCGAAGCUGACUUCCAGGCUGUUUGUGCUAUCAUACCAACUCCUUGUCAUUCAGUUUGGCUUGACAAAGACAGCACAAACAGAUCUGGGACCAGG